AUGGGCAAGGUCAGGAUGGUGGCGUCCGAGUUCGAGACUGCGACGCGCGUUGUCAAAAACUGCGUGCCCACCAGCCGCGCCGCCGCCGCAGCCGUCGAGCAGGACGGCUUCGUGCUGUGGCAGAGGGCCCCCGACAUGUGCUUCCUGGCUGUGCUGCUGCAGGACGCGCACGCCGACGGCGGCCUGCAGGCACCUCUCGGCGGACGGUGGGUGGACACAUACAUCUCCGACGCCACGUCGGAGAGAUGGCGACCUCCUUGUCUCCUCGAGCUGAUCCCGGCGAGGGUGUCCGUGGCAUGCCUCGGCAACACCGACAUCGCUAGGUUCAAAAGGCUAUACGGGCCCUUCGCCGAGCUCACGUCGGGGCCGGGCGGCGACAGAGCGAGGGCGAGCGUGACGGUGACGGAGUUCCAGUCGCAAUACAACAAGAAAGGCCUCGACGGCCGGCCGGCGCUUGACCACUUCCGUCUGGACUAG